GCUCGGGCCCGGCAGCGGAAGGAAGCGGUUUCCCGCGCCGUGCCCAUGGAGCCCGGCGGUUCGCGCCGCCCGAGCGCGGCGGACCUGCUGGCGGCCCGCGGCCGCAAGGCCCCUCAGCGUCCCCGCGGCCAGAAGGAUUUCAUCCCCGACGGCUCGGCCGAGCAGGCGGAGAAGCUGCGCCUGUGCCGGGAGGAGCAGUGGCAGCUCCUCUCCGAGGAACGCGUGGAGCGGCUGGCGAAUCUGGUGAAAGCUGAGUGGAAGCCAGGACAGGGCAUCGUAGAGCUGCAGUCCCCUGCGGGGAAGUUUUGGCACACCAUGGGGUUCACAGAGCGUGGCAAACAGUGCCUGCUGCCUGAGGAAGCUCUGUACUUGCUGGAGUGUGGCUCUGUUCAGCUCUUUUACAGGGAUCUGCCGUUGUCAAUCCAGGAAGCCUACGAGAUCCUGCUGUCCCAGGAGGCAAUGAGCCUGCCACAUUACCAGGUGUUCAGCCACUUGAAGCAACUGGGUUAUGUUGUACUGAGAUUCGACCCCAGCACUGUCCUGUCUCCUUAUGAGAGGCAACUGAACCUGGAAAGUCACUGCCAGAGCUCUGGGAAACACCAUCGCAAAAGGAGGAGGAGUUCCAGCCCCCGGUCACAUGAGAAGAAACAUAAGAUAUCUGAGGACCUUCCAGAAGCUGAAGGGACCUCCAAAAAAGCUGGAGAUGACUGCGGAGACUCCAGUUGCCUUCUAAUGGUUGAAAAGCCCUUGUCAGAGCAACCAAAGGAAUCGGAUGCUGGCAGUGGAGAGGGGGAAUCAAACCCAGUUCCUCUUGAUACAGGACAAAAGGACUCCCAUAACCCCUCCAGGAGCUGGGCUGGAGACUACAGGGAGAGCAGCACUGGCACCCAUGCACCCCGCUGGGAUUUUACCACCAUCAUCUUGCCAAACAUGGCCCCAGACCAGCCGUGCACACAUCUGCCCUCACCUGACAACGGGCUCCUGCCAGAGAAUGUGACAGGGAGGGAGGUUGAUGCAGCUUGCUGGUGUGCACGCAUCAAUCAGAAACAGGAGAAGCUGUCACGGAAGGAAAGGGAGCAGCGAGAGAGGGAGAGCAGGUACAAGAGCAGUGUCAAUGCUGACCGGGAGGUGAGGCGCUGCUCCAACUGGAAGGAAUACAAAGCCCUUUUGGAGCAGAGGAGCCAGCAGAGGGUUUGGAGACGACCACCACAUCUCUGGGACCAAGCUGUCACACCACUUUUGAGGCCAGAUGAAGCUACCUCAUCAGCUGCGCUCCUCCAGCAGAUCAGCGUGCUGCAGCCCUCCCACAUCCUGGAUGGAGCCUCCCGGCUGCAGGAGGACCCAGAGGGCAUGAAGAUAGACUUCAAUGUGUAUCAAGCUGAUGCUGUGGCAAAGUUUAAGAAGACAAACCCUGGGAAGCCGUAUGUCAGGAUGUGUGUUAGGAGCUUUGACGAGCAGAUUCCAUCCCUUCGGGCUUUGAAGCAGGUUACAUAUCAGAGUGGGGACGUCCCGGUGGUCUUUGCGCUGGUGGAUCAUGGAGAAAUUGCCUUUUAUUCACUAAAGGAAUUCAAGCUGCCAGUCGAUGUUAAUCACUGAAGUUGCUGUCACUUGCAGAAAUGGUACAGGAUGAAGGGAAGAGCUUUACUCAGGUUUUGUUUUAUUGAUUAAUGAAAUACUACAGAAAAUAGAGCCUGUGAUAACUGGAACCUUGCGUAGUUGACCACUUUAUUUGCUGUUACAGACUUCACCCAACCAGAUGGCUCAGGCAUAAUAGCAAAAUUUACGGCAAACAAGUGUGUAUGGCUUAGCUGGGCAUUUCUGGACUGGAAUACACACUGCUUUGUUCUUGAAGCUGGUUCUCCAGCUUUCUCAUCUUGUGGACCGCUAGUCUGCCUUUUCCGUGUCAUCUUUGGCUGACCUGUGGACCAUUAGAAAACGCUUUGUUGGUGAUCCUCUUGUCAUGUUAAGAGCCACUGUGCUACACCAGUGGGAUGGUUGGAGAGUCAUUGAGGUCAGUCAGGAACAGAAUAAGCUGAUCAGAUCAGUGGUGGUGUCCUAAGCCUCUGUCAUUCAGCUACGCCAACAACCGUCAGAUCAGAUUCUGAUCUGAAAAAAGCACAGCCAUAAAACUCAGCCACCUGGAGUAAAGUUUCCAGGCACCCAAGAGCAGGAAACUGCCUUGAACACAAUUUCAUCAGCGUGAGCUCACAGAAAGCCCCAGACCAUAGCAGAUGGCACCCCAGCCUCAUGCUGUAGCGUCUGUGCUGAGAUGCAUUUUUGCCAUGCAGCAUUGUGCCAUGUUAAAGUUUGGCCACCAAUACCAGUACACUGUAUCUGAUAGUCUCACCAAGGCUGUACUGCAGCCUCCUCUGCUUCAACCUGACAUCCUCUUUCCUGGCUGUGGAUCUUUGUCUUUUGUAAGUGAGAGAUCCCUGAGUAAAGAAGCUACAAAUUCCUCAUGAGCCUUCCAGUCUUGUGGCUGUUGUGCUCCAAACUGAGGACAUCAUUGCUUUCCAGGCCGUACUGUGGGAGCUUUCCACCAGGAUAUCCAGGUACCAAAUUUGCUUUAGCCUCUAUGCAAAAGUGCCAGUGACAAGUGCCAGAAAGUCUGCUCAGUGAAUAGAAGUAUGCUGAGCAUGGCUGUGUUUGGUAUUGAGCUUCUUCAGAACUGUUAUAGCAACUGGUUUAGAUGCAUUUUAUUUGAUAAUUUUUGAGUUCCUUUUGGAGAUGGGGAGAAGGCUAAGCAAUAAAAAAGCCUUUUCCAGCA